UUGUCAGCAGGUUACAGCUGAAUAUAUAUAAUGAUUGUAUCUAGGGAGAAAAGAGAUGCUGCUUCUUGUCAGCUGGUUACAGCUGAAUAUGGACAAUGUGCUGCUGCGUCCGCCCAGGCCGUGUCCAGUAAGAUGACCGAUGCUAACACCAAACCGGAUUUUAUUGCUCGAAGCGCCUGUAACUGGCUCACUCAGUUGGAUGAUUGCUCUGCCCGUCUCACCUUAGACUGCUUCACCAAGUCCCAGAUCAUGACAAUGAGGGAUAAACAGAUUGAACAGAUGCUCCGACAGUUCGGGAAUAUUCCAGGAUGGGACGAUUCUAAAUGCCCCGUCGUCAAGGAGUAUCAGAUGAGAAGUGGUGCAGAGACAACCUUUAUCUCUUUUUCUCUUUUCUUUGCUGUCCUCAUUCUUCUUAAUCAGCUUUAAACUCCUCUAUUCAGUUUUAUGUGUUUAAACAUGUUUGUCUGUAUAUAUAUAUAUAUAUAUACCACUAUUCUCCCAUUGUUUAGCUUUUUCUUUGCUUAAUCUCUCUUUUUUUUUUGAGACAAAACAGAAAUUUUUCUCUAACUCUUUAAUUUUUUUGACCGAUAAUUUUUUCAAUGAGCUUUUUUAAAUAGUUUGUUCUGCAUUUAACGAAAGUUGGCUUUAUCCCUAUCAUUAUUUAGGGGAAAUAAGUAAUUUUUUUUCAAAAUUCAAAAUUGAAAUUAUGAUUUUGCAUAUAUUUGAUUACGGAGGUUUACGGAAAGCAGUGGAAUUUAUAAAUAUUUAUGAAAUUUUUAAAAACGUCAGUUCUGACAACUAUAUAUUUUAGCGACAUUUAUCACUGUAAAUAGAAAAAUAUCACAUUUUAAUGUUGUAGGUAUUUACUUCCAACAUUUUUAAUCAAUGUUUUUAACGGUAACUUUUUAUUAUGUUUAAACAGAUGUAUUUAAAACAUUUGAUAUUUUGAUUAACAAGUAAUAAAAAUAAUAUUUUAUGAUAUAUUAAAGAAUGUAAUUGCUAACGUCAAUAUAAUUAUUAUUUUGGUAAA